UUGUUCUGUUUGUUCAGGAUGUUUAAGAACCUGCUGAAGGAGAUCAGGAUUUACGCUCAGAAGUUCAUCGACAGAGGAAAAGACUUCAACCUGGAGCUCGCCAUUAAAACCCGAAUCAUCUCAGAUGGACUCAAGUACUCGCUGGCCACCGGAAACUGGGGCGACGUCAAGAAGGCUCACCAGGCACGAGCUGGAGUGUCACAGGUGUUGAAUCGUCUGACCUUCGCGUCCACCCUGUCCCAUCUCCGCCGAGUCAACUCUCCCAUCGGCAGAGACGGAAAACUGGCCAAGCCCAGACAGCUGCACAACACCCUGUGGGGGAUGGUGUGUCCUGCUGAGACGCCUGAGGGUCACGCUGUGGGUCUGGUGAAGAACUUGGCCCUGAUGGCCUACAUCUCUGUGGGCUCACAGCCGUCUCCCAUCCUGGAGUUUCUGGAGGAGUGGAGUAUGGAGAACCUGGAGGAGAUUUCACCGGCUGCCAUUGCAGAUGCCACUAAAAUCUUUGUGAACGGCUGCUGGGUCGGAAUCCACAAAGAUCCAGAACAGCUGAUGAACACACUGAGGAAACUCCGUAGACAGAUGGACAUCAUCGUGUCUGAGGUGUCUAUGAUCAGAGACAUUCGAGAACGUGAGAUUAGAAUUUACACCGACGCUGGACGAAUCUGCCGACCGCUGCUGAUCGUCGAGAAACAGAAACUGCUGCUGAAGAGACGACACAUCGACCAGCUGAAGGAGAGAGAGUACAACAACUACAGCUGGCAGGACUUGGUGGCGAGCGGCGUGGUGGAGUACAUCGACACUCUGGAGGAGGAGACCGUCAUGCUUGCCAUGACCCCUGAUGACCUCCAGGAAAAGGGUGUGGCUUACUGCUCCACCUACACCCACUGUGAAAUCCACCCAUCCAUGAUCCUCGGAGUCUGUGCUUCCAUCAUCCCCUUUCCUGACCACAACCAGUCUCCCAGGAACACCUAUCAGUCGGCUAUGGGUAAACAGGCCAUGGGAGUCUACAUCACCAACUUCCACGUACGAAUGGACACGCUGGCUCAUGUGUUGUACUACCCUCAGAAACCGCUGGUCACCACCCGGUCCAUGGAGUACCUGCGCUUCAGAGAGCUACCUGCAGGCAUCAAUUCCAUCGUGGCGAUCGCCUCGUACACGGGAUACAACCAGGAGGACUCUGUGAUCAUGAACCGGUCGGCUGUGGAUCGAGGCUUCUUCAGGUCCGUUUUCUAUCGAUCCUACAAAGAGCAGGAGUCAAAGAAAGGUUUUGAUCAGGAGGAGAUCUUUGAGAAGCCGACACGUGAAACCUGUCAGGGUAUGAGACACGCCAUCUAUGACAAGCUGGACGACGACGGGCUCAUCGCGCCCGGCGUCCGUGUGUCCGGAGAGGACGUGAUCAUCGGGAAGACGGUGACGCUGCCGGAGAACGACGACGAGCUGGACAGCACCAACCGACGCUACACCAAGAGAGACUGCAGCACCUUCCUGAGGACCAGCGAGACCGGUAUCGUAGACCAGGUCAUGGUGACCCUGAACCAGGAGGGCUACAAGUUCUGCAAGAUCAGGGUUCGUUCGGUCCGGAUUCCUCAGAUUGGAGACAAAUUUGCCAGCAGACACGGACAGAAAGGAACCUGUGGGAUUCAGUACCGACAAGAGGACAUGCCGUUCACCUGUGAAGGGAUCACACCUGACAUCAUCAUCAACCCUCACGCCAUCCCGUCCAGAAUGACAGUCGGCCAUCUUAUCGAGUGUCUCCAGGGAAAGGUUUCUGCAAACAAAGGUGAAAUCGGCGACGCCACGCCCUUUAACGACGCCGUCAAUGUGCAGAAAGUGUCAAACCUGCUGUCUGAAUACGGAUACCACCUGAGAGGAAACGAGGUUCUGUAUAACGGCUUCACUGGGAGGAAGCUGACGUCUCAGAUCUUCAUCGGCCCAACAUAUUAUCAGCGUUUGAAGCACAUGGUGGACGAUAAGAUCCACUCAAGGGCUCGGGGCCCCGUCCAGAUCCUCAACAGGCAGCCAAUGGAGGGCCGAUCACGCGAUGGCGGUCUGCGUUUCGGAGAGAUGGAGCGUGACUGUCAGAUCGCUCACGGAGCCGCUCAGUUCCUCAGAGAACGUCUGUUCGAGGCGUCGGAUCCGUAUCAGGUUCACGUCUGUAACCUGUGUGGCCUGAUGGCCAUCGCCAACACACGGACGCACACGUACGAGUGUCGAGGCUGCCGCAACAAGACACAGAUCUCUCUGGUCCGGAUGCCGUACGCCUGUAAGCUGCUUUUCCAGGAGUUGAUGUCGAUGAGCAUCGCUCCUCGUAUGAUGACGUCAUAGAGCAGCUCCACCAAUCGGGUGCCUCCCUGCGGAUGGCGAUGUGACGUCGGCAGAAGUUUAGUUUUGAUGUUUUUAGUUUGAAAUUGUCUCGCAGCGUUUUUGUAAAAGUGAAAUAAAGGUUUUUCUGAUGUUAAAAUGUUUCCGACCCCUCAUUG